UUACUUUGCCCUUGCCAGGGGCCGGGCUAAGUAAUUUGCUCUGGUUCGCUCUCAGGAGCUUUUGUUCCCUGAACGCUUUCCGUAGAGCUCUGGAGGACGGGAAUGAAGAUGGCAGCAUCCCAGUCUCCGGCUGGAGGAGUGGAGAGCUGGGGCCCUGCUCCUCAUUGCGCCCUCAGAGAAAAGCCAUCAGUCCCUCCUGUCUCCCUGGUCUCCAGCUGCACUCCGAGCUGCCCCUACCUGUGACCGAGUGUCUCUGUCUCUGGCGCACAGCCCGGCCUGGAGUCUCCAAACCCAGCAGAUUCCUGUCACUCUGCUCUUCCAGCAGAGGAAGAUCCCUCGUGAGGACGAAAUCUAGAGGUGGAGGCGAAGGCAGAAAUGGCCGGUUCUCAGGGACAGCUCACAUUCAGGGAUGUGGCCAUAGAAUUCUCCCUGGAGGAGUGGGGAUGCCUGACCCACACUCAGCGGCAACUGUACAGGGAUGUGAUGUUGGAGAACUAUGGACACCUCUGCUUCCUGGGUCUCCUUCUGUCAAAGCCAGACCUGAUCAUGUUUUUGGAGCAAGAGAAGCAGCUCUGGGAUGUGAAGAGAAAGGAGACUGUAGGCUUCCAUCCAGCUGUAUCUUCACAUGACACCCAGAGUUUCCUGCUAAAGCAGAGCCUAGAAGAUUCUUUCCAGACAGUAUCAGUGUACAGAUACAAACAUAGUGCUGUUGAGACUUUGCACUUAUGUACAGACUGGGACAGUGAUGGGGAUUGUGACGGGCAUCAAAGAAAUCCUGGACGAUACACCCAAACCAAAACCAUGGUCCUUAAUGAGAAUCUCCGUGUCCCAAAUGGUGAUGGAUAUAAAUCGCCGUGGAAAACCUCCCUCUUUAAGUCAACUGUUUCUGCAGAGCAGUGUGUUUCUGUCAGCACAAGCUCCAAUCAAAUAUUCAAAUAUAGCUACUUGAGGACAGAACAUUUGCAACAUCUGGAAAGUAACCUAGACCAUGCUGAGAAUAAUGAUUUGACCCAUUUGAAAGAUAAGAUUGGCCUCACUUUUCAAUCAGAUAUUUCUGAUCAUCAGAGAUUUAGAAAUGAAGAACAAAGUGCUCCAUGGGAUCCAUACGAGAGGAGCUUCACUGAGGAGUUGACCCUCCAGAAUGACAAGAGGGUUUCCACUGAAGACAGAAUAGCUCAGUGCACUGAAUUUGCGAAAACAUUGAACCAGGGCUCCGGUGUUCAGAAAUGUGUCAGGGCUAGGUUUGCAGAGAACCAUUAUGAAUGUGAUAAACGUGGGGAAGGCUUUAAUCCAGCCUCUAACCUCAGUAUACAUAAUGGUCACCGUUUGGGAGACAGUCCUCAUAAAUACAAUGAAUGUGGGAAAGCUCAUAACCAGUCCUCCAGUGUUGGUGAUCAUCAGAGAAUCCAUGAGGGAAAAAGGCUAUUCAGAUCUAAUAAAGCAGGUACCAUGUUUAGCCAGUUAUCAAGCCUAAAUAUACAUAACAUAGUUCCUAGGGGAAAGGAAGCUUACAGUUUGAAGGAAUGUGGUAAAUCCUUUGACUGCCACUCAACACUAUCUCAACAUCAGCAAAUGCAUACUGGGGAAAAAAUACACAAAUGUGAAGGUGGUGGUAAAACCUUUAAGGUAUGUCCAUCAAUAAAUGGACAUGGACAAACCUAUACUGGAGAAGAACGUUACCAAUGUCAAGAAUGUGGCAAGACCUUUAACCGCACUUCACAGCUUAUUCAACAUCACAAAAUUCAUACUGGAGAGAAACCUUACCAAUGUGAAAAAUGUGGUAAGAGCUUUAUACAGAGCUCAGCCCUUAUUCGACAUCACAGAAUUCAUACUGGAGAGAAGCCUUACCAAUGUCAAGAAUGUGGCAAGGCCUUUACCUGCCCUUCACAACUUACUCAACAUCGCAGAAUUCAUACUGGAGAGAAACCUUACCAAUGUAAAGAAUGUGGCAAGGCCUUUAAUGACAGCUCAACCCUUUUUGAACAUCACAUAAUUCAUACUGGAAAUAAACCUUACCAAUGUCAAGAGUGUGGCAAGGCAUUUGUUUACAGCUCAAGGCUUGCACAACAUAACAGAAUUCAUACUGGACAGAAACCUUACCAAUGUCAAGACUGUGGCAAGGCCUUUUACCAGAGCUCACAUCUUAGCGAACAUCACAGGAUUCAUACUGGAGAGAGACCUUACCAAUGUCAAGAAUGUGGUAAGGGCUUUAACAACAGCUCAGCCCUUACUCAGCAUUACAGAACUCAUACUGGAGAGAAACCUUACCAAUGUCAUGAAUGUGGCAAGGCUUUUAACCACAACUCAAGCCUUACUCAACAUCGCAGAAUUCAUACUGGAGAGAAACCCUACCAAUGUCAAGAAUGUGGCAAGGCCUUUUCCCGGAGCUCAAGUCUUAGUGAACAUCACAGAAUUCAUACUGGAGAGAAACCUUACCAAUGUCAAGAAUGUGGUAAGGCCUUUAAUGACAGCUCAACCCUUAUUCAGCAUUACAGUAUUCAUACUGGAGAGAAACCUUUCCAGUGUCAAGAAUGUGGCAAGAGGUUUAACGUGAGCUCAGUGCUUACUCGACAUCACAGAAUUCAUACUGGAGAGAAACCUUACCAAUGUAAAGAAUGUGGGAAGGCCUUUAAGCAGAGGUCAAGUCUUACUGAACAUCACAGAAUUCAUACUGGAGAGAAACCUUAUCAAUGUCAACAGUGUGGCAAGGCUUUUAACCACAGCUCAACCCUUAUUCAGCAUCGCAGAAUUCAUACUGGAGAGAAACCUUACCAAUGUCAAGACUGUGGCAAAGCCUUUAAGUGGUCUUCACUCUUUAAUCAACAUCGCAGAAUUCAUACUGGAGAGAAAACUUAAUGAAAGUCAAGAAUGUGGCAUAGGCUUUUUGUGGCCCUCAGACCUUCCUUGAUCACAGAAUUCAUGCUGGAGAGAAACUACAAACACUAAGAAUGUAGCAAGGCUUUAACGGGACUCAAUCCUCACUAAACAUCAGAAAAUUCAUACUAGAUAGAUAGCUUACCAGUGUACAGAAUGUGAGAAAGGGGGCACCUGGGUGGCUCAGUUGGAUAGGUGGCUGCCUUAGACCCUGUUCCUGAUCCCAGGUUCAAGUGCUGCAAGAAGCCUACUUCUCCCUUUCCCUCUGCCUAUCCCUCCUCUGUACUUGUGCUCUCUCUCCAUCUCUGCCAAAUAAAUAAAUACAAUCUUUAAAAAAGAAGAAAGAAUGUGAGAAAAAUCAGUUAAGGAGUGCUUACCCAUUCAUGCACAUCAGAGAAUUCAUUUUGGGCAAUAACCUUGCAAAUAUAACAAGUGUGACAAGGCCUUUGUCCAGCAUGCACGCAUUAACUAAAGAGAGAAUUCAUACUGGAAUGACAGCCGAUGAAUAAUGUGGCACACCCUCUAGCUGCAAACGACUGUUACUAGGCAUCACAGAAUUCGUACUGGAGAGAAAAUUAUGGAUGUAUGUGAGAAAAUGCCUAAGGACUGUUCCCUCCUCACUCCAUAUCAGAGAUUAUAUAUAGGAGAGUUCGUGUACAAAUACUAAGAUUGUGUCUGCGGGGCACCUGCCUGGCUGAGAUGGUUGAGCAGCUGCCUUUGGCUCAGGUCAUGAUCCUGGAGUUCUGGGAUGGAGUCCCACAUUGGGUGCCCAGCUUCACGGGGAGUCUGCUACUCCCUCUGACCUUCUCCCCUCUCAUGCUCUUUCUCACUGUCUCUCUCCAAUGAAUAAAGUUUUUUUUUAAAGAUUUUAUGGGGGCGCCAGGGUGGCUCAGUAGGUUAAAGCCUCUGCAUUCAGCUCAGGUCCCAGUGUCCUGGGAUGGAGCCCCACAUCGGGCUCUCUGCUCAGCAGGGAGCCUGAUUCCCCACCUCUCCCUGCCUCUCUGCCUACUUGUGAUCUCUGUCUGUCAAAUAAAUAAAAUCUUUAAGAAUUUAAAAAAAUUUUUUUAAAUUUUUAAAAUCUCUGUCAAAUAAAAUUAAAAAAAAAAUUUUUUAAAGAUUUUAUUUAUUUGACAGACAGAGAUCACAAGUAGGCAGAGAGGCAGACAGAGAGAGAGGAAGGGAAGCACGCACCCUGCUAGGCAGAGAGCCUGUCACGGUGCUCAAUCCGAGGACCCUGGGAUCAUGACCUGAGCCAAAGGUAGGGGCUUUAACCCACUGAGCCACCCAGGCACCCCUAAUAUAUAUAUUUUUAAAAAGUGCCUGACCUCUCACUGGAACCAAAACUUAACUAAAAUCAUACUUACCAUAUAGGAGUAAAUGUUUGAAAUGUAAGGGACGUGGCCAAGCAUUUAACUGGAAUUCAGUCCUUCCUCAGUAUCUCAAAACGCAUACUAGAUUCAAACCCUUGCAACAUAGUGAAUGUGGGAAGACCCUCAAUUCAGUAUACAUUGGAGCAAACACAAGAGAGAGCAUUAAGGAAAGUUAAUUGAAAGUUAGCAUUGUUUAGAAAACUAAUUAUUUGAAUAUCAAAUGCCAAUAUAUGUAAAAGAAAUCAAGCCAAUGGAAUAUAUUAUUUACUCACAUUAUUCUGUAUGAACAUAGUGAUUAUAAGGAAAAAUCAAACACUUAGAAAAUGCAUGUGGUAUUCUGUUGAACAGAUUUAGAGGGUGGAGUUUCACAUAUUAUAAGGGAUUAUAGUAUAUUUUCAUUCUUACAUCGACCACAUUUGAGAUUUGUGACUGACUAUAUUAUAAUCUGUUUUCCUCUGAAAUCAGUCCCCAAAAUUCCUCUCUUUAUCAUGGGUGUGUAAGACCAUGUGGUUGAUUGCUGGUACAUCAGAGAUAUUAGAUGUCCUGCUCCAUUAAGUGGGAGGCAAGCGUACCUAAUUUUCCAUGGAAGAGGACCGUAUGAUAUACAACAUCUGAAGUACAUCUCAGUGGAAAUGGUGCUUACGGUUAUAACACUGAUGUAAGAUUCCAUGGGAUAGGUGUUCAGAGCUCACACUUCUGCAUGUAUUGAAACCAAAGAACUUCCUCAAUAUUAGAAAUACAAGAUUUUCCUGAUUAUUCUUUAAGGAAAAAGGUUGCCGUCCACUAAACUACCAAUGUAUCAUGCUAAGUGCAAUUGUUACAGAGUAUGACUCCAGAAUAUAAUAUAUUUUCAUUAAUAAAACCCGUUUUUAACAUGGAU